AUGGUGAGGAGAAAUAGAAGUGCAAUUUGGAACCAUUUCGAUAAAUCUGAAAACCUAAAAGCAAAGUGCAAAUAUUGUAGCCAAAACAUCAGCAUUGCAAAUGGUUCGUUAGGAAAUUUGUCAAGACAUAUGAAAGCUAAGCACCCUACUCUUAAAACUGUUGCUGAACGAGAGAUACAAGGACCACUUGCUGACGGACAAAAUCUGGAUAAUGUGCCUCACCUUCUUGAACCACAACCGGCAACAUCAAACAUGCAAGAUGAGCGGGUAAAUACUGCAGUACAUUUGAAAUAUCCUGUGUCGUCGAGUACACUGCGAGAAUAUUUUGUUCGGCCUGUCCCCUCGUCAAAAGCAAAAAACUUAGAUUUGCAGUUAGUGCGGAUGAUUGUCAAAGAGUACCAACCCAUUUCAAUUGUGGAAGAUAAGGAAUUCAAAAAGUUCGUCAACAUGUUGAACCCAGGAUAUUCUCUGCCCACGAGAAAAACAAUUUCUCAGACUCUCAUACCGAAUCUUUAUCUUUCCGAACUUGAAAAAUUAAAGAACCGGAUGCAGUAUGUAAGUGCAGCAAAUUUAACCGUAGAUUCAUGGACAUCUAUAAACAAUGAAAAUUUUAUUGGUGUAACAGUUCAUUUUUUUAGUGACGAUUUGAAUCUAUCUUCAGCGUUAUUGAACUGCGAAUGUUACGGGGAACGUCACACUGCGGAAAAUUUGAGUAAGUUUUUAUUGGACACAGUAAAAGAAUUUAACAUGGAAAAUAAAAUUGCCGCCUGUACAACGGAUAACGCCCCAAACAUGAUUGCAGCAGUGCGACGUUGCCAAUGGCGUCAUUUGCCGUGCUUCGCGCACACAUUGAAUUUAGUUGUACAGGAGGCAAUUAAAGAGAUUGGCCAAACUAUAAAAAAAGUAAAAUCUAUUGUUGAGUUUUUCAAACGUAGCUUACAGGCUCAAUCGAGACUGACUCAUAUACAAGAGCAGAUGAGUUUACCACCUCGUAAAUUGAAACAAGAUGUGGAGACUCGCUGGAACUCCACAUAUAUGCUCUCGAGGAUAAUGGAAGUCAAAGAGGCGGUUAUUAGUACGUUAGCCAUUCUAGAAAAUGACUUAAGUUCCUCGUUAAGUAGCCAUGACUGGAAGAUCAUCCAAUAUGGCACGCAAAUUCUAAAAUUGUUCCAGGAUGUGACUAACGAAAUCUCCGCAGAGAAGACAGUCACACUGUCCAAAACGCUUCCAAUAUUAAAAAUAAUGCGGAGAAAGCUGCACAGCCUCUACAUUUUCUUACGCGGAGAAUCAGCUCCAAUUGAAAUCAUGCGUAUGAUGGAGAAAUUAAGUGAACAAAUACUAAAAAGAUCUAGGAGCUAUGAAGACAACGAGCUUGCUUGA